AUGGAAUAUCUUGUGAGGCUUGCGCAAUGCCAUGAAACUUUUCGACAGCCGGAACUCAAAGCUGUGGCCACUUUACUCGGUAUUGAGUUGGAAAUUGUCGAAUAUCAUGAAUUCACACCCUUUUGCGUCGUGAGGCUGAAAGAUGAAGCAGCAGCACUUGCUUUGGUGACGCGUUGUAUCCUUGCUAAAGAUGUUCUCGAACUCUGGGGUAAAGGCUCCAAUUAUGAGGAGUUGCACGCAGACGUCCAUCGACGAUCACAGCAUCUGUGGCAGGAUUAUCGCCACAUUUCGUACGCUUUAGCUGUUGAUUGCUUCUCGGGCAAGCGAAGCACGGCCAAGAAGACUGAGAUUUUCGAAUCGUUCGGUUACCUGGGCCUGGAAGGUAGCGUGCGACUCAAAAACCCCGAUGAAGAGUUCCAUGUCAUUGAGGAGUACGUGACCGAUGUUGAGCAGCACGCCAUUGGUACGGAGCUCUCCUCGGAACCUCGAAUGAUCUACUUUGGCCGGUGGCUUGCGAAGAGUCAGCGCGACAUUAUCUUGACCCACACAUUGAAGAAGCGCAAAUACAUCAGCACCACUUCCAUGGAUGCAGAGCUGUCACUCGUCACGGCAAAUCUGGCUCUCGCAGCUCCCGGAAAGGUCUUCUUCGACCCCUUCGUGGGCGCGGGAAGCUUCUUGGUCGCGGCCUCGCACUUUGGUGCUUUGACUUUGGGAUCUGACAUUGACCCUCGCGCCUUUCGUGGCAAAGAUCACGAGCGCAAGGAUGGAAUGGCGAUGCUGCAAAACUUCAAGCAAUACAAGAUUGUGAGCCAGUUCAUCGACGCGUUCACGUCAGACAUUACGAAUACCCCUUGGAGAGACGCACAACUUCUCGAUGGAAUUGUCUGUGAUCCCCCGUACGGUGUUCGAGAGGGUCUGCGAGUAUUGGGAACCCGCGAUGGAAAGGUGAUUGAGCCGGUGAUCAUUGACGGAGUGCCUGCUCAUUACCGACAAGGUUACAUUCCUCCGAAACGACCAUAUGGAUUUGAAGCACUACAGAAGGAUGUUCUCGAGUUCGCAGUUCGCAGACUCGUUCCCAACGGACGGCUCGCAAUGUGGAUGCCAACAGCAAGUGACGAAGCAAAGAAAUUCCCUGUACCCAUGCACCCGAAGUUGGAGGUUGUUAGCGUGUGUGUGCAGCCAUUCCACAACUGGUCGCGCCGCUUGAUGGUUUACCGCCGUCUGCCGGAAGGUGAGAUGUCAGAUGUGACGCUCGGACGGAGCAAGACAGAUGGAGAAGGAGUCUCUGCCGACGAUCUCAAUGCGUUCCGAGUGAAGUACAACAACCGAAGGGCUUUGAACACAAAGGAGCCCGAGGCAGCGGAAGAAUGA